AUGAUAGUGAAUCGAAGAAUAAUCUCGUCGUUGUUCACCACAACAAGAAGUUACCAAGUUACGGUAGUUGGCGCAACAAGCGAAGUCGGUCAAGUCCUGAGUCUAUUACUGAGAUCUUUACCUUUAAUAACUAAAUUAGUUGUUCACGAUAACAAGGAAUUUACUCCAGGUGUUACAUUAGAUUUAUCACAAAUACCCAGUCCCUCGCGAAUAUUAGGAUUGACUGGCGAAGAUACCUUAGAACGAGCUCUUAAAAACUCUGAUUUGAUCAUAGCAGCUGGCGGACUUUCACAACGUCCAGAUAUAAGUGAAAAAGCUCUGUUGACAGCGAAUAGCCAGUUCAUUAAGUCUAUCAUCUCGAAAUUGGGAAGAUCGUGUCCUAUACCUUUUGUAGGAAUAGUUACUGAACCUAUAAACUAUUUAAUUCCCAUGACUGCUGAAAUUAUGAGGAAUCACGGUGUUUAUGAUGAAAAAAAGUUAUUUGGAAUAACCGAAAUUGACGCCAUACGAUCGCAGUGUCUUUACGCCACGGAGAAUAAUUUGAAAGCAAACGAUUGUUAUGUACCUGUUAUUGGAGGCCAUUCAGAUAAAACGAUUGUCCCAUUGUUGUCUCAAGCUAAACCCACUGUGGAAAUGAAAGAAAAAGAUUUAGAAGAAUUUACCAUUAAAUUGCGAAAUUGCGAUGGUAUGAUAACAAAGGCUAAAAGAGGGUGUAUUCCUAAUUUGUCAGUUGCAUAUAGUAGUUUUCUUUUCACUAAAAGCAUUCUCGACGCUUUAGAAGGCAGCCCUGCAAAAAUUCACGCUUUUGUAGAUAACAAUGACUUUGGUACAUCAUAUUUCUCUAGCCUGGUGAAUCUGGAUAAAAAUGGCGUCAAGGAAAUGGUAAGAUAUUCAGAGUUCUCAAAAUUUGAGUGUGAUUUAAUUGAAAAAAGUUUGCAGCAGUUGCGAAAAGACGUAUCUAAAGGAAGGAAAAUAUUGGAACUGGCGUAA